UACUACUCCAGACGACGAGAGGAUGACCAGAUGAGUAUACGUUUACGUAUGAACAACAAUUAUACUUUGGAACUGGAACAAGAUCAAGAUCUUGGUACUCAGUCUUCAAUCUUUCAUCCUACUUGAAUAUCAUCAACAACAACAUGGAAAACCGUUUCCCUCUGGGUCGAGGUCUCUUGGAAAACGCAAACGUUGGCGCUGCCGUUUUGAAGCAGAGAAUUGCUGCAGUGUCUAAUGGUUAUGAUGUUGGGAACCUAUCUUAGGCACCACAUUACAAAUACUUUUCCAGUCGAUUUUCGCUCUUUCUUCGAACCUGUUGUUCACCUUUCCCAUUUCAAUUUUUCUCCUACGUACAGACUUACACUUGUACAUAAGAAAACUACCUUCUUCAUAAAGAUCAAAGUCGCUCCACGACGACGUCUCGAGCACAAGGCGAUGGAGGUUUGCAUCCGGACUUGAUAGACAGUGAGCAGCUUGAGGCAGAAGAGCGCGAAUUCGGCGUCCGGUUAGAGGAGCUGAGAAAUCAGCUACCUGCCUAUCUGCCUGUGGGAAUGUACCAUCUGCUUCAUAAGGCAAUCAGAAAGCAACAAGAAAAGCUUGCGACACAAGGUGCAGGGGGAGGAGGUUAUGACCUGAGUCGCUUUUUAGUAGAAAUUGGUUCGGUAGAAAUUGGUUGAUGUAGAAAUUGGUUGUCGGUAGUUGCCUCGUCAUAGUGACUUAAUUAUUCAUAGAGUGCUGUAUUUAGCUCAAUAUCAAAGUAGUAUCAGUAGUUACUCAAUCUACAUCUAGUUCUAGGUGUAGCACGACCAGAUCUACAACUUCAGUUCUACUUAUUCACACGUUGAUUUCAUCACUCAUCCUGAAGAUCAGUGAUGUUUCCAUCAGAUGACGUUUUCCAAUACUCGCAAGACGGAGAAGGCGGAGCGUCUUUUCAGGGUGCACAGGACGACGACGAGGAGGAGGAGGAUGCGUCCGGACCGUCACCUUGA